CGUGACAUUUAUGCCAGCGCAUUACGCUGGUAUCACUUGAGCAUUGCGGGAGCCACGAUGUUGAUGCACAUUACGCUACUUCUAGCUUGCCUCUUCACUUGGCAAUGUGAUGGAAGCGAGAACAAUCAGAUUGCCUGGAAUGCGUUACAAAGGGAAAAAGGUUUCUUCCUCAUGAAACGAUCUGUUACCUACGAAGCUAAAAAUAAAUGUGUCUACUUGAUCAAGAGACGCAUAAUAAGCACGAAACAAAGGAUCGAAGCGCAUUACGGAUUCUUGAACGGAGAUCACUACUCAGAAGAGGCCUGCGUCAUGCAAGCCCCUCGUGGGGGCAAUGGAACUGUUGUGCAAGUUACAUCACCCAUCCUUGGCGGGGAAGUGCUUACCUUCGACGUCAAGUACUUCGAUGAGAACUCUGGAUGCUUGGUUUUGGUGGGAAUCGACGAGAAGGUUUCUGGACAGUGCAGGAUGUGGACGCCAGUAGAAUCAGCAAACGGUACUUUGGGAGACUGCGAGGAGAACUACAAUGCUUUACAGUGCAUGACAGAAGAAGAGCCGUAUAACAUGGGCAAGGCAGAAAAAGGCCAUUGCCCCUUGCCAGUCGUAUAUGAUACAUAAUACUCUAAAACACUUUUUUUGUGCAUUUCGUGGUGCACAGUUAUGAUUGACUCCAAUAACCUUUCAAUAAACCAAUAAUCAAAAAGUUCCUGUUCCGUUCCUUCCGAAGCUGAGCAAGGCAGUAUUAGUGCUUGCGGGUACCCGCAUUUUACAGCAAAAUAAAGAUUAGUGUCUCUAUUGACAUCUGGCUAGGGGAAACAUAAUUCAGAGCACGCCAUGAAUCGAAAAUUCUGUCAAAAGUGCGCCAUUGGUCGCAUUGCUCUGCCUUUAUCUACUGUGUCUUUAAUCGUCGGACAACUCUGGAUGACAUAACUUCGUAAGAAAGUUUGCAUGCUGAAAAGUAGAAACGUUCGUAACAUACAAUUCUUGCUAUGGAAACUUUUCUCUUCAAAUACAAUAACCGUGGACGCACGGCACAACGAUAGACUGUGUGUUCACGAGAAGUGUUGAGUAGAGUCCUGCACGGGCCCGGGCCCCCGACCCGCCCCG